AUGGCCACUAACGCUACUAACGCUGACAUCGUCACCCAACUUGGGCUCAACAACGAGGAAACAGAAGCAUUUAAUAGGAUGUCCCGACGAGAAAGACGUAGAUUUAACGCCCAGCCAGACAACAAUUCAAAAUUGCAUUUGUUCAAGCACUCGCGGAAAGAGAAAAAUCUUGGCGAGAAAAUCGGACAUUGGCCAAAAACUAGUUGGCUGGCUGUGAUCUCCACGUGGCUGUCCUAA